GAUGACGUUUGGAGCGGGGGCGUGGCUUCGAAGGAGGCGACUUUCCUCAGAGAGGCGGCCAUGGCGACGGGGGAUGGAGGCGAGAAGGAGGCGCCCUCGAAAUGGAGGGACCCCGCAGGCCCUGGGGCGCCGGCCCGGGCGAAAAGCGACCCGGGGCAAUGGGACAAGAAGAGGAUGAGCAGGGAAUUGCCAGUGGAGAAAAGGGGACCCUACAUCAUGAGCAAAACGCCUUCCAUUCAGGACAAACUGCAGAAACAUCGCGAGAUGGCCAAGGCAAUGCUGAGGAGGAAGGGAGUGCUUUCGGGAGCCGUACGGCACCAACCUCAGUCGACAGCCAAAAGGUCAGUGAAGUUUAACAAAGGCUAUGCUGCUCUCAGCCAGACUGCAGAUGAAACUCUGGUCUCACUGGAUUCGGAUAGUGACGGGGAGUUGGAAUCACGAUGCUCUUCUGGUUACUCGUCUGCAGAGGUCAACCAGGAUCUCAGCCGGCAGCUGCUCCAGGACGGGUACCACCUCGAUGAAAUCCCCGAUGACGAGGACCUCGACCUCAUCCCUCCAAAGCCCAUUUCGUCCUCGCCUUGCGCCUGUUGCUUUGGGGAGUCUUCCUCCUGCUCCAUCCAGUAAAAGGCGGUCUUGGGAGGGAUGCCCUGCACAGGUCAAGAUAGCAGCACUUUUUCUUUCUUUUGGGGAGUGUGGAUGGCAGGCAAUGGACGCCAGCCCAGCCCUGACUGAGACCGACAGGGAGAUGGAAAAAAGGGAUUUGGUAACUGGGAGGACCAGGCAUCCCUUUGCACUGUUGGCACCUGCUCAGGGGGCCGAAUGUUCUUUCGGGGCUCUUUUCAGUGGUGCAAUAUAGAGCGCUAUUAGGUGCAAGUACUCAGGAGGCAGAGGGCCAGCACAUGAACUUGUGGAACGGGGCCGGGCAAUGGAGGAAAGAGUUAUCUUCCCUAAAGGUCAAGUGCCCAGGCUCUGGUGUCAAAGUAAAGGAUGGCAAGUGACGAGUCUGGCCUACAAACAAAAAUAAAGCUGCAACACUAAGGUCUGAACAAAGGGGAUCUUCCUAGUCUCUCCUCAGGAUCCUUUCCUUUAGUGCCUGGACUGGACUUUCUCUUAGGAUGGCAAAAUCCUUGCCGGGAAGGCAUCUUGGGUGUUACUCACUCAUCAGAGAGGAUUUCUGGAGUCUGAAGCAGCGUGAUCCAUCAUUUCCUUGCGGCCAGAUACCUUUUGGACGCCCAUUGCUAUCUCGGUAGCCGAAAUGGUUGCUCUUGAGUUCCUUCAAGCUUCAGCACAACUUGGGCAUUCAUUUACACAAACUGCUGCUCGAUCCUGAGGAGUCAUUCAGGUUUGGGUUUCACGAAUGGGGAAACUUGGGAGUUGAAUGUGUAGGUUCUGAAAUGAGUGGAGAGGCCAAGUCUAAUCUCUUUCCUUGGAGAUGGCACCUCUUGACAGGCUGAGGACUCUUCAGGGAAGUUCCUGGGUUCGUUGUGAAGGAAGACGACAAAUGGCAUAUUGUUGAGGGUUGAAGUUGUUUCCUUUGUUGGGAACUUGUGCUUGUUCAAACAAGAGGCCCACCAGACCUUGGUUCUAGAACUGUGUUAUCAGCUGCUUGGAUCUUCUGGAAAGGUCUAACUCUUGACUUAAAGGUGCUGUUUGUCUUUACCCAUUUUUCCACACUUUUAAAAUCUGCAGGAAAUCCUGCCCCUGCGGAUUUCAGGAAGCUUAGAAAAGUGUGGCAACUGUCCAUUUUCCAGGUAUACUCGCCUGGUUGCAAGUUGCAUCCCAUUCAUACCCGAGAGGCUGGAGAAGUGUAGCCUUUGUGGCUGGAUAGGAAGGUUUGAGAGUGAGUGGCACAAUGGGAAAGGGCACAACCAUCCAACAUAUUGUGUGGACGGUUUUGCAACUGAGGAGUCCAGCAUCGCAACACAGCUACAUUUGUGUGAUUUUGCAGCAUGCAGAUAUGGAAUAGGCUUAUGGAAGUGUAGCAACUCUAUUUUCCAGGUAUACUCACCUGGUAGCAAGUUGUGUCCUAUCCAGAGUUGUAAGGUCCUGAGAGGCCGGAGAAGUGUAGCCUUUGUGGCUGGGUAGGGUGUGAGAGUGAGUGCCACAAUGGGAAAGGGCACAACCAUCCAACAUAUUGUGUGGAUGGUUUUGCAACUGAGGAGUCCAGCAUCGCAACACAGCUACAUUCAUGUGAUUUUGCGGCGUGCAGCUAUGGAAUAGGCUUCCAUAAGUGUGGCAACUAUCUUUUUUCCAGGUAUACUCACCUGGUAGCAAGUUGCAUCCUAUCCAGAGUUAUAAGAACCUGAGAGGCUGGAUAAGCGUAGCCUUUGUGGCUGGGUAGGAUGUGAGAGUGAGUGAUACACUGGGAAAGGGCACAACCAUCCAACAUAUUGUGCAGACGGUUUUGCAAGUACGGAGUCCGGGCUCACAAUAUAGUUACAUUUGUGUGAUUUUGCAGCAUGCAACUUUGGAAUAGGCUUAUAGAAGUGUGGCAACUGUCUGUUUUCCAGGUAUACUCGCCUGGUAGCAAGUUGCAUCCUAUUCAUAGUUGUAAGGACCUGAGAGACUGGAGAAGUAUAGCCUUUGUUGCUGGGUAAGGUGUGAGAGUGAGUGGCACAAUGGGAAAGGGCAUCACCAUCCAAUAUAUUAUGCGGACGGUUUUGCAACUGAGGCGUCCAGCAUUGCAACACAGCUACAUUUGUGUGAGUUUGCAGCAUGCAGAUAUGGAAUAGGCUUAUGGAAGUGUAGCAACUGUCUGUUUUCCAGGUAUACUCACCUGGUAGCAAGCUGUAUCCUAUCCAGAGUUAUAAGAACCUGAGAGGCUGGAGAAGUGUAGCCUUUGUGGCUGGGUAGGGUAUGAGAGGGAGAGGGCACAACCAUCCAACAUAUUGUGUGGACGGUUUUGCAACUAUGGAGUCCAGCAUCACAACACAGCUACAUUUGUGUGAUUUUGCAGCAUGCAGCUAUAGAAUAGGCUCUUGGUCCUAUUGCAGGAAAUUAACUGACACUAAUUGCAUAUUGUUUUGAUGCUAUAUUAGCUUCUGGGAGCUUAUUUUGUCCUAUGGAUGGCAGGAAGACCUACUUUAGGUCGGAGGAAGCCAAUACCUGUUUAUCAUCACUUGGAAACUUUACAAAGCUGUUUUGUGGGCAGCAAGGGAUACAUGUGGGUCUGGAUGCAGUCCUUUUUGGUGCCUCCAACUUCAGGGAACCAUACCUGGCGGAUCCACUGCCAUGGAGGCAGAGAAGGCACACUUGCUUUUGCUAAAGCUCCUCCUGAAGGUGGACAAGUCCUAUGUCUCCCCAUCCCUUCAAAAGUUUGACACUGACUGAGCUUUGUUUACAACGUUUGCGGGAUCCACCGGCCUUUCCUACAAAACGGCACUACACUUCCAACAGCAGGAAGCCCAUCGAACCUUGCACGAAUGCAGCGUGACUCUUUGGAGAGUUGUUCUGGGAUAGCCAUUCCGAGCCAAAGAUGGUGGCUGCUCAUAGACAUGGGAUGGAGUGGCCUUUUAGCAAAGAGAUUUGAUCCUGGACCAGCAUCCUUCGUUCUUCUAAAUCAAGAGGAUCUUUGGCCAUGGAGAUAUUGUGGAUCACCCUUCUCAUUGUUUGUGGCAAUCCAAAAGGUCCAGGUGGAGAGUGAGGCCUUUUACUCCUGGUCUCUAUAUUUCUCUAGGUAAACAAUACAGUUGGGAAGCUGAUGGGGAUGCGAGGAUUGUUGUAUUGGGAUACAAAUUGACCAUAGCACAAAGCAGUGCUUUCCCAUCACAUUAUUGGAGGGAUAUUGGGGGAAUAUUCCAGCUUUGGAGUCUCUAGGCACCCAGACUCUAUUGCUUUUUUACUUUAUUUGGGUGUCUGCAGCACUUUCAGAGGAGACUUUACAGAAGUUAGAUUUUCAUGGCAGAUCUGGAAGUAUUCUGACUAACUUUAGAUGCAGGAUAACCACAGGAAGGAUUGUCAGGAGCGAGUGUGUCUAGUCAGCGAAGGAGUGUGUAUGUGUGUCCUUUAUUUAUAUGGCAAUUGUAGGGAGAGAAGGGAGGUCACUGUGCCCUGGAAAAGGGCCUUAAAAGCUGCCUUAAAUUACUCUAAAUGCAUUAUAUAGGAAGACAAUCUUAAUCUUAUUGGAUAUUUAAUAUUAUUGUAUGUAUAGAGAACUAUUGAGCUCUUUGUUUUGGUACAUUCGAAGCAAGGGAAGCGUGUAUCAAUAAACUUCUACCUUGCACUACAAA